AUGUCUAAAGUCUUCUUCGACCUGGAGUGGGAGGGUCCCGUCCUCGACGCUGGUGGCAGACCUACCCGCGAGGUCAAGGUCCAGCAGGGCCGUGUCACUUUCGACCUCUACGACAGCAUCGUCCCCAAGACCACCCGAAACUUCCGUGAGCUCUGCACUGGCAAGCCCGGCUUCGGCUACAAGGGCUCCUCCUUCCACCGCAUCAUCCCCGAGUUCAUGCUCCAGGGUGGUGACUUCACCCGUGGCAACGGCACCGGUGGCAAGUCCAUCUACGGCGAGAAGUUCGCUGAUGAGAACUUCGAGAAGAAGCACACUAAGCCCGGUCUGUUGUCCAUGGCCAACGCCGGCCCCAACACCAACGGGUCCCAAUUCUUCAUCACCACCGUCCCCACUUCCUGGUUGGACGGCCGCCACGUCGUUUUCGGCGAGGUUUCCGAUGAUGAGGGUCUGAGAAUUGUCAAGGCCAUCGAGGCCACCGGCUCCGCCAGCGGUGCCGUCAAGUACAGCAAGAAGCCCACCAUUGUCAACUCUGGUGAGCUGUAA